AUGGGAUUUUACAUGUCGACGAAGAUCGGGGGGAUUCUCGCGUUUGCUCUGGUGUUCCUGUCCAUCUCGGUGUCAGGAGACUCACCAGAUGUCAAGUGUGAAAAGGUUUACAGGGACUUUUCCUUCUGUGUCCUGGAGCUGGGAGAGAGCAUGGACAACUAUCAGGAGAACGUGACCAGUGAGAGUGGAGUGGCGGCCGUGUGCAGCCACUGGGAAGCCUUCCACACAUGUGCCCUCACAGCGCUGACCGACUGUCAGGAGGAAGUCAGCUCCAUCUGGGAGACGCUGAGGCAGGACUCCAGGAAGAUGCGCUUCCAGGGGAGUCUGUUCGACCUGUGUAGCCCCAGCUCUGCUCCCAGCAUCAGUCCAAAUCUCGCUGCACUUACUCUGCCACUGCUGCUGAUCGUGACUGGGCCCAUCUGGCCCGCUGUGUAG